UUCUACUCACCAAUCCAAAUCCAAUCACACCGCUCUCCUUCCUGCUUGUUUCUCUCAUUCUGUACUAUACAGUAUACACACCUCUUCCUUCUCUCACUCUUAAUCACUCUGAAAAAAAAGUUAGCAAAAACAAAAACAAACUUACCAAUUCAUCCACGCCUCCGAAUCCUAUUGCCACAUAAAUCUCUCGAGAUCUCAGCCCACUCCCUCAAAAUUAAAAUUUCCCUUUUUGUAAAAACAAUUACCGUUCGUUUUUUUUUUUUAAAUUUUUGAUUUUGAUAUAAAUCCGAAUUCCAUGGGGCCUAUCUCUGAUCUAACGGCCAGCGUUUCCCCUUUGUUUCUCCGUGAAAAGCUCCAAGAUUUCUAGGGCUUUUGUUGUGUGUAUAUAUAACUUUUUCGUUUGCGUACUUCCUUUUUAGAACAAACAAACAUAAAAAAUGAGGGUGGCAAAGUCUCAGGUGUGGCAACCUUGCAAGAAGAAGAGGUCUUGAUCCAUUACCUCUGAAAAAGAGAGAGAAACCAAUUCGAUUUGGUGGAACUGAGUGUGUGUUUUUUAUUUGUUUGGAGAGAGAGAAAAUUUUUAGAGAGAUUGAGCGAAAGAAGAUGGCGUCGAAGUCUUCGUCGUCGUCGUCGGCGGCGGCGGCGGCGGCCAACAAUCACGGCAGGACGCGUGUGGGGAAGUACGAGCUUGGUCGAACCCUAGGCGAGGGCAAUUUCGCAAAGGUCAAGUUUGCUCGGAAUGUCGACACCGGUGAGAACGUCGCUAUCAAGAUUCUCGACAAAGAAAAGAUUCUCAAGCACAAGAUGAUCGCUCAGAUUAAACGUGAAAUUUCAACUAUGAAACUGAUCAGACACCCAAACGUUAUCCGUAUGUAUGAGGUGAUGGCUAGCAGGACGAAAAUAUAUAUAGUCAUGGAAUUUGUGACCGGUGGGGAAUUGUUUGACAAAAUUGCAAGUAGAGGAAGGUUGAAGGAAGAUGAAGCUAGAAAGUAUUUUCAGCAACUUAUUAAUGCUGUGGAUUACUGUCAUAGCAGAGGUGUAUUUCAUAGAGACCUAAAGCCAGAGAAUUUACUGCUGGAUGCUAAUGCAGUUCUUAAAGUUUCGGAUUUUGGAUUAAGUGCACUACCACAACAAGUUCGAGAAGAUGGAUUGCUUCACACAACAUGUGGUACGCCAAAUUAUGUUGCUCCAGAGGUGAUCAACAACAAAGGCUAUGAUGGAGCAAAGGCAGAUCUGUGGUCAUGCGGUGUGAUUCUUUUUGUCUUGAUGGCUGGAUAUUUACCUUUUGAAGACUCGAACCUCAUGUCAUUAUAUAAGAAGAUAUUCAAGGCUGAAUUCACUUGUCCUCCAUGGUUCUCCUCAAGUGCAAAAAAACUAAUCAAAAGAAUCCUGGACCCUAGUCCCUCAACUCGUAUUACAAUUGCUGAGGUAAUUGAGAAUGAGUGGUUUAAGAAAGGAUACAAGCCACCUAGUUUUGAGCAAGCUGAUAUUAGUCUUGCUGAUGUGGAUUCUAUCUUCAAUGAAAUAGGGCAUUCUGGAGAGCUUGUUGUGGAGAGGAGGGAAGAAGGACUUGUGCCUGUGGCACCUGUCUCACCUGUCACUAUGAAUGCAUUUGAGCUAAUCUCUACAUCUCAGGGUCUCAACCUCAGUUCCCUUUUUGAAAAGCAAAUGGGGCUUGUUAAAAGGGAAACAAGAUUUGCUUCCAAAUGUAGUGCUAAUGAGAUAAUCUCAAAAAUUGAGCAAGCUGCAACACCUCUUGGUUUUGAUGUGAAGAAAAAUAACUAUAAGUUGAAGCUUCAAGGUGAAAAAACUGGACGUAAAGGUCAUUUAUCUGUUGCAACAGAGAUUUUUGAGGUGGCCCCUUCACUCUACAUGGUUGAGGUUCGCAAGUCUGGAGGAGAUACUCUAGAGUUUCACAAGUUCUAUAAGAAUCUCACAGUUGGGCUGAAAGAUAUUGUUUGGAAAACAGCCGAGGAAGCAGAAGAAGGGAAAAAGAGUGAUGGUGUUGUGGCAUCUUCAUAAGUGGUCAUUUUGCUGUUUUGGUUUUUUAGGUGUGCAAUUAUAUAAAAGGAAUAUAACAUGGCUUGCAUUGUUGUAUCUUAAUUGUGUUGUCUUGGCUUGUUAGCCACUGCUUGGAUUAGACUUUUGGAAUGUAUCAUGCAUACUGUCUUCUUUUUGUUGGUGAAUAAGAAGGGACAGGAAACAUAAAUACAUAGAACAGCAUUGAAGUUGUCAAAUA